AUGGAGAGGGACCCAUUUCGGUCAUGGGGUGCCAUCGACGGACAACUGUGGCUGCAGUUAAUGCUCCCCAGCCACAAGCAGCAGGCAUUUGCCUACCCAGCCAGAGCCUCCACCUACACUCAGCAGCACAGAGUUUCCCCAAUCGGCUUGGUGCCUAAGAAAGUUGAUUCAUCAGUUCAUGGUGAGGCUGCCUUCCGCCUCAUCCAUCAUUUAUCGCAUCCUCAAGGCUCAUCAAUCAAUGAUUUUAUACCACAGGAAGCAUGUACAGUGCAGUACACCAGUUUCGACCAGGCUGUAGCCAUGAUUCAAAACUUGGGCAGGGGUGCUUACAUGUCAAAAUUUGGCGUCAAAUCAGCCUUUAAGCCUCCUGCCUGUGGUACCAUCGGACUUUCAGCUACUUUCGGCAUUAAGUUUCAAGAACAAUUUUACAUUGAUAAAUGCCUUCCCUUUGGCUGUUCCAUUUCUUGUGCCCUAUUUGAGUCAUUCAGCACUUUCAUUGAAUGGGCUAUCAAGGCCACUACGUGCAGUCAGGACAUCGCUCAUUACCUUGAUGAUUUUAUCCUGGCGGCAGUGGACCUAAACAAAUGCUCCAACAUGCUUAACACCUCUUUGCAACUGGCUGAUAAUCUGGGCGUGCCUAUCGCUCACCAGAAGACUGUACAACCUACAACUUGUCUGACAUUCCUGGGCCUCACCAUAGACGCGGCUCGGGGUGAAAUCAGGAUACCGGAGGACAAGAUAGCACAACUGGUCCAUCAGCUGUCACAGCUGGUAGACUCAUCAUCCAAGAAAGUUACACUGCAUACGCUGCAGUCAAUAGUGGGAAAGCUAAACUUUGUAUGCAAGGCAAUUCCCAUGGGUCGUCCAUUCUUGCGGCGUCUCAUCGACGCACAAAAGGGGAACGCAUAA